GGACUGGCGAGAACAUAAAAAAUAGGGUGUAAAAAUCGAAGCGCUGUAUAAUAAAUUUAGGGCAAAAGUAUUGCAAAUAGUUGUGAAAAUAGUUCUUUUAUAAACCGCAUAAAGCGAAUGCAAUAAAUGUAUUUGCAAGUGCUCAAUUAUUUUCCGUUGUUUAUUGUUCGGGCGAAUUGUGGGUGUUCACGCGCAAAGUAAAAUAUAGAAAAAAGAGAAGAGGGGAGAAAAUCGUGAAGCGGAAAAUUUUCGGAUUGUCGGUGGAAAUAGAAAAAGCAAAGGUAGACAAAAGAAAAAUACGAACAAAAGCAAAAAAAAAAAAAAAAAUAGUUUUAGUGUAGAUAAGUGUCAAUUAAUAAAAUAAACAAGCUUUUGGUGAACGGGAAUGCCAUAGUCGUGGCGAUUGAAAUUUAACCAAAAUAAUCUAUUGAUGUGAAUCUCAAAGAGAAUAUUACUACACUUAAGAUGGGCACGAAAGAGCAAACAUCUGGGGAAGUGCCUGCUACUGUGCCUGCCUCGAUGAACACUUCUGACAACAAUGGAAACAUCAACACAACAAAUGACACGCUCCAACAACAGCAACUGCACCAUUUACAUCUUCCAAUAGCAUCUGCACCUCCGCAAGUGAUAAUUGUGCCUACAGGUCCAACGUCAGUCGUAGCCACAAAUGCCGCCAAGAAGAUACGUCGAGCUUUCUCCAUGCCACGGAAUCCCUUCCGGUGGUCGCGCAAAUUUAAAACUUCCACAUCGGCAGCAGACAACGUCAGCAAUGCUGGUGGCAGCAACUCAGCGAUAUCAUCGUGUGUUGGUGGGGGUCGUGGGCGUGCCGGUAGUAUCGUUUCGUUGAGCAGCUACGAAGCCAUUUCUAAGGAUACAAAUGGUGAAAACUGCGGUGGAGUUAGCGGUUCAGAUGAACCUAAAACGGGUGGUAGUAUUCAAAGAGAUACCAUUAGCAAGGCUGUGGAAAAGAAAAUAGUAAAUGGUAAACCAGUUUCCGGUCACAAUGAGAGCAGUAAUGCUGCCGCAAACUCAAAUCGUGUUCUAAGACGCUCAUCAUUCAGGAAAUUUCUAAAUCGUAUUGCACAGCAUGUCAGCACGUCAAUUAAUGUAGGGGCGAAUAAGAAUGCUACUGUAUCCAUGUCUGCAACCGCCGAUCGCGUGCCACCCAUCGGUAACUACCAGUGGCCUGCCGAUCAAACACCUGGCGUCAUGGGGCUCAAGAAUCACGGCAAUACAUGUUUUAUGAACGCAGUGCUGCAGUGUCUCAGUCACACUGACAUACUGGCGGAAUAUUUUGUUUUGGAUCAGUAUAAGGCUGACUUAAAGCGACGCAACAAAAUCAAUUCACGCAAAUUUGGCACUAAAGGAGAGUUAACCGAACAAUUGGCCAAUGUGCUGAAAGCGUUGUGGACAUGCAAGAAUGAGAGCGAUCACAGCACCAGUUUUAAGGCUGUUGUCGAUCGCUAUGGUUCACAAUUUCGUAGCUCAACACAACACGAUGCUCAAGAAUUUCUAUUCUGGCUGCUGGACAAGGUGCACGAGGACCUGAAUACGGCUACGAAGCGACGUUACAAAAGCGUAAAGAACUCUUACGGUCGUCCUGAUGAGAUAAUCGCCGCAGAAACGCUAGCCAAUCACAUUCGCUGCAACAACUCCUUUGUACAAGCGGUGUUCCAGGCACAAUUCCGUUCGUCGCUCACAUGCCCACGUUGUAAAAAACAGUCCAACACUUUCGAUCCGUUCCAUUGCAUUUCGGUGCAACUGCCACAGUUAAUGCAACAAACGAUUUUCGUUACUGUGGUCUAUCUACAACGAGAACCACGCCAAGUAAAGAUCGGUAUUACUGUGCCUACUGGUUCGCCCAUUGUUGCCCUACGCGAUCAAUUGCAAGCUGAUACUGGCAUUCAGGGAAAGCGCAUGGUGCUAGCAGACAUCAACAAAGAAGGUUUUACGCGCGUCUUCUAUGACUCCCAGCCGGUUGCAACGCUGUGUGGCGUUGAAUCGAUUUAUUGUAUAGAGGUACCCGAGAUAAAGAUCGCGACAGUAAAUUCGUCAACGGUAUCAACAACUGCCGUCACCGAAAAGAGCGACACAAUUCGCACCAGCAACAACUCUAAUUCCAACCCCAGUGCGGAAGCAAAUUCUACAUCAACAGAAGCAAGUAAAAUCAAUGCUUCUAGCAAUACUGCCAAUGCAAAUACCAACGCCAAGGUUACGAACACGUCGCCUUCUGCCAGCACUACCGCAGAGCUACUUUUGUUGGUGGCGAAUGUGCGCAAGCGUAAAGUCGUAAAUGAUGGCAACGAGCCAGCGAACGGCAACGGGGUUGUAUAUACGGUGGAACGGUUUGGUAUGCCAUUCAGCUUGCUAACAGCUCGAGAUUGUUCUUAUGCCGAUUUGCAGAAGCGCCUUCUGCGCGAAAUGUCGCCACUGUUAAAACCUGAAGUUUUCUCGUUUGCCCAAUCGCUCCAUGAUAUGUUUCAAAUGCGUCUGCAAGAUCCAUCUGCAGAUCCCGACACAUAUCUACAGAACGUUGAACAUCCACUGCUAACGGAGAUGAUCGAUUUGGCUUUAUCAGUGCUCUCGGCUGAGGCUGGACCGCCACAUAUAAAGUUGUUGCUUGAGUGGCCUGAGCCAGAAGAUUAUUUUGUGGAUCUCAGUGAUAAGGUGGUGGAAGACGAAAGUGUGGCGCGUUUACUCGACGAUCGUAAACUUAAAAUGGCGAAUGACACUUCAGUACUUACUUUAGAGCAAUGUCUUGAGCACUAUACCAAGGCGGAAACAUUGAGUGCCGAGGAUGCUUGGCGCUGCCCGCAUUGUCAGCAAUAUUUGCCGGUUGUGAAGACGCUCGGUUUAUGGUCACUGCCCGACAUAUUGGUCGUGCAUUUCAAGCGAUUUCGCCAGCACCAUGAAAAGGGCGCAAAUGCAGCUAAACUUACCACUAUGGUGAAAUUUCCGCUGAACGCAUUCGAUAUGUCGCCGCAUAUAGUACGCGGCGGGGACGACGAAGAAAGACCGCGCCCAACUCUAAACACUGCUACUGCAAUGGAUAUGGGCUCAUAUUCUCGGCCAAGUCCUUGGAGGAAGACGCGUUCAGGGGAUUCCCGAUCUUCCACACUUAGUUCGCGAGACAACAGGGAGACACGUUACGACUUGUACGCUGUGUGCUACCAUCAGGGUGAUACUCUCGAGACGGGCCACUACACUGCCGCAUGUAAGAACCCCUAUGACCGACAGUGGUACAAAUUUGACGAUCAACGGGUUUCCAAAGUACCCAACGAAUCCAUCGAGGAUGAGAUAAUUAACAAUGAGGCUUAUAUGUUAUUUUACCAGCGUCGUACUGGAGACGUAGCUGAAUGUUCCGGUUCUAGUUCCAAUUCUGGUGAUCACUGGGUAUCACGAAUUGCACCACCACCAAUGGCAGUGGUUGAGAAGAUAAAGGAUUCGGAAGAAAAACUAGUCGAAGAAGAUAUAACUAAUGAUAGAAAAGACGUUGUUGUUGUCGCGACCGCAGCCGCAAUCGAAAGAAUACCAGGAAAGCCCGAAGAAAAAUCAGUCGAUAUACCAAAAUUGAAAGAAGCUAUACAUGAAAAGGACGCAGUUGGAGAAGUAAAAACAGAUGCCUCACCAGUGGUUGUGAAGAAUGAAACGAUUUCAGUCGAUAUCGAAGUAUUCGACUUUGCCGAUGCAAAUUCUGCUGCUGCUAUCGAUGCUGCUGAUGACAGAAAGGAUUCCGUUAUACACACAUUAAAAUCCGAUAGCACAGUAAAAUCCGCUGAAACGUUGCCAUUAAGUAUGACAAAAGACAACGUUGGCGACAAUCAGAUCUUCGUUAUGGACGAAGAUUGCCACAUUGAUGAAAGCCAGUCUCAAGCAACAAUAGUACAACCUGUCAGUAAUGGAGUGUCUGUUGCCAAAUUGCAAUUAUCACCCUUAUCAACUACCAAAGCGUUGUCAGCGACAGUGGCAGUAGUUUCAGUGACACCUUCAAAAACAUCUGCUGGCGGCUCAACAAAUUCAGUAUUAACCAAUGGCUAUGCUACAGAUAACCCAACAUUGCCAAAUCGAAGCUCAAGUAUCGAGCGUCCCGAAAGAACAGGUAAACCGAAAAGUCCCGCCACGUAUGUCAUUCCCAGGCCGACUGUUCCGGCUGGUAUCAAUGGCGACCGCGGACGUAACUCCUCAACUUCUUCCUCCAGUUCUUCGUUGUCAUCACACUCCUCUCCACACUCACUGGCCGUGUCCAUACAUGGUGCUUCGACGUUGCAAAACAAGUUUAACGGCUUCACCACCACUUCGGCCACAGCGAGUAACAACUACAAGGAAGUAUUGCUCUCCAGUAGUCUAAAGAGCAACAGUAGCAGUAUUAUUAGUGCCGCUGUGGCUGCGCAUACAGCACACGAAUUCCACUUGUCACGUCAUCAGCCAUGGAACGGCAGUCGUUCGAGUGUUUCAGCACUGGAGAGUGGAACGCAAGCGAACAGUCAUCAGCAUGUGCAUGGACUUAAUUUAAGACAUUCAUUCUCCACAAGCUCUAAUUGUAAAUUGCGCGAAUGCAGCGAAACGCUGUCGUCGAUGUUGCGCAAUUCGACCAAUACAUGCAGCAAAGACACGCUGAUAUUUAUUGACCAGCAGAAUCAUCACCAUCACCACAGUUUAAUCGAAGAUGACGACGAUUCGUUCAUGGGCAGUCGUUCACUUUGGAUUUCGCCAGUAACGCCACACAAACUCAUAACGGUCUCGCCAAAAAACUGAGAAGUCGCUCUGCCAUGAGCUUUGAGAAUUAUAUAUUACCGUUGAUGAUACAAAUAUACAGAUAUCUGAAUAAGGAUAAGAAAAUUAAAGGUUCAGCAAAAGAGUUCUUUAGUGUUUUCACCAUUGAAUUUAUAUAAAACCCAACUGAACGAUUUACAUAGGAGUAAAUUCUUUUAAAAUUUAAGAGCAUAGUGACCAAAUUUAUAUAAAUUAUAUACGUGUAUGUAUGUAUUUGAUGUGUAUGUAUGCAUGUGGUAUUCUAUAGACACUUGCUGUCUUUAGAGGCAAUAAGUGACGUACAAACAAAUGUCGUAUGAAUGCGACACAUGAUACCCAUUUAGAGGCAGAUAACUGUAAAAUGAAUUAUCGAUAGCAAUUAACAAAUUACCAGUGAAUGUGAUUCGAGUGCGCAGAGAUGUAAAUUAUUGUAAGAAAUACAUGUUAAAUACAGGCUUAAAAAGCUAGAGGAAUGAGUUAUUAGAGGUUGGCAUUUUGAUUGUUGGUACAUUUUACAUUAACUUAUUGGCCAGUACAAGGAGCUGUGCAAAUAAAAUGACAGUUGCUACAUGUGAAUUUAUCUUAAGUGGUAGAUAAGUAGGAGUAAAAUGUGGAAUAUAGUGAAGUCUGUAUUAGCAGGUGCAACCAGACAUGCAUGCUUAGCAUUGGGGAAAUGAAACAUGAUAUACAUAUUUAUGUAAGCACGUGAUCAUGUUAAUUACGUAUGUAAGGGUACAAUUAUAUUUGCAACCAUAACAUUAUUUAGUGCUGUAAGCUAAAUUUAUGGAAAUAUGUUGGAAUUAGUUAUUAUGUAAAGUCGAGUUUAAGACUAUUGAAGCAAUAUCAUUGCGAUACAGUUCACGGAUAUAAAUAAAAUAGAAAUGGUCACUUUGCUUGGUUUGUUUCUAGACCCAACGACAGGCGUAAGAAAAUAUAUUACCUUUUGUUAUUGUAACAGCAUAGAAUACACCCCAAUCAAUUUAACGCAAUUCUAGUGAAAUGACGGCGGCCGCCGUAGCCGCACGGUUUGUGCGUGAGUACCAUUCGGAAUUCAGAGAGAGAACGUAGGUUCGAAUCUCGGUGAAACACCAAAGUUAAGAAAAACAUUUUACUAAAAGCGGUCGCCCCCCGGCAGGCAAUGGCAAGCCUCCGAGUGUAUUUUUGCAAUGAAAAAGCUCCUCAUAAAAAUAUCUGCCGUUCGGAGUCGGCUUGAAACUGUAGGUCCCUCCAUUUGUGGAACAACAUCAAGACACACACCACAAAUAGGAAGAGGAGCUCGGCCAAACACCCAAAAAGGGUGUACGCGCCAAUUAUAUAUAUAUAUAUAUAUAUAUAUGUAUUUAUAUGUAUAUAUAUACUGAAAUGACAGUAUUUGGGGUAAUAUUAAUGUUGGUCGUUCGGUAACUUAGAUUCAGCUGUCAGGGGAAACAAGAAAUGCCUUUCCAUUAGUACGAAGCGUAAGUGCAAACCACGUUGCUUUUGAAUCAAUCUGAAUUAAAUUUUUUUCAGCUUACCUAUGUAUAUUAUUUAAAACGCUUGUCCGUUUUUUGCAUUUUUUUCCUCUGUCCCUCAACUAAGUAUAGGCUCAAUUACAUAUAUCGAAAUGUUUGUGUGCCUACAAGCGUUGAAAAUAAUUUUUUUGAUUUUUGCAUCAUAAUUUAAAUAUUUAAUUAGAGAAAUUAAUAUUCCAGCAAUGAACACUUGCAUAUGUAUGCAUCUGCUCUUAAUACAAACAUACAUUAUUCGGCAGUCACAAUGCAUUUUAUGUGCAACAUAUUUUUAGGUUUUAAUUUGAUAUUCAAAACAACUAAAUUAGCCUCAUUUACUUUAGAUUUUACUCAAAAUGACGCAAAAAUGCAAUAACUGUUUGUACGAACGAAACGAAAUACUGUGUAAUUAUUAUAUUAUAUGUGUAUUAUUAUUGAUACAUACACAUGUCUAUGUAUACGUAACUUAGCACCUUGCAAUAAGCUAAAAACCAAAUGUAAUACUUCAAGUAGAUUUUAAAUUGAAAUCAAAUAUAUAUGAUGAAGCAUAUAAGUAUAUUAAAUAAACAUAAAAAUAUUAAAGACUUUGACUAAAUUUUGUUUAUAACA